AUGACGGGGGAGCGGAAGCGACAUACAGCAGCAGUCUUAAGUCUUGACUUUGCUGAACAGUAUGGAUUUUAUCUAAAAUAUCACGCGCACCCUGUCAAUCAGUUGGUCCACGUGGUGUUCGUUCCGUUGCUGCUUGGCAGUGCGCUAGCAGCGCUAGCGCAGUGGCGCGUUUCGCUCGGUGGUGUGAAGCUCGAUCUCGGACUGAUAGUCGCUGUAGCCUAUGCGCUGUAUUAUAUCGUGCUUUCGCCGCUUCUGGGAGCAAGUGCAGCGCUAGUGAUGGUCCUGCCUCUGUACCUUGCGGGCAGAGCGCUUCUGCUUCGCGCCCCUGACGCACAGGUCGUUUGGUCUGCGUUUCUCGUCAUCCAGUUGCUGGGGUGGUCUGCUCAGUUUGCUGCUCAUGAAUGGCUGGAGAAACGUCGCCCGGCGCUGCUGGAUAACCUCAUUCAGGCGUUUGCGAGCGCACCGCUCUUUGUUUUCGUGGAGGUGCUGGCGUUCCUCGGCCUGGACCAGGGGCUCAGGAAACGUUUCCAACGGCCGCAGCGUGCGCGCAGCACUAGUCGAGAGAGGCGCACACCGGGCGGUGCGAAAACACCAAGGAGGCGCAUGGCACAUGCGUGA